AUGUCGAGCCAGGUCCCACAGGAUUACACGUCUGCUCAGCAUUUUGCCCUCAUCUAUAUUGAUCAAUAUGGGAAAAUUCGCCAUCAGGUGUCCCCUUCAAUCGUCCACUAUCGCGACACUAUCCUCAGCCCUCAAGUCACCACGGAAUUCCUGAAAGCGGUGGCGAAAUCCACUCAAGUUGGGCUGCGAAAGCCUUCCCUAGAAUUCCCUUCUACUCAGCUACUUCCUAGUCACCUCGUGACCUAUGACUCUAACGAUUCCUGGUUACCAGAGGACAGGAAUAUCGAGGGACAUAUUACACCCAUGACGAGAACUGGCAAAGCUGGCUCGGCCAUCUUAAAAGAUAAACUGUUUCACAUGGAAAGCCCUUGCAUCCAGAAGUACAGACUGAACCUUCAGGAAGCCGUGUUAUCUAUCAAAGAUACAAACUUCCUUCCUCGAUACUACGAAAAGGUUUUCCAGAAUAUACAGGAAACCAAUUGCCGAAUCCUGGCAAAAGCCUAUUUUACCACCCAUACAAUGGGUGAAGAUUCGCGGGGGGAGAACUGCAGCAAUCGAGUCCCGGUGAGAGUAAGCCACCCUGGUGGCCUCCUGGAGUACACCAUCGAGAGCCCGACCAUUUACUCAAAGCAGGUAAUAGGACCCCUUCCUGCGCAUGAACGCAUCGCUCUUCUUCUCCAUAUUCUUUGUGAUUUGCACUGGAGCCACGGAAUUACUUCACAAAAAUUGAAGAAUGCAGAGCAGACUGUCCGGUCGCAGAUCAUCCCGGUCGAGUGA